CGGCAAGUGUGAAAUGUCUGCCGUCCCUGAUGCGCUCAACUCGGAGUCGGCUGUCCUUCACGCAGACGGAUGAGGGUAGCGGCGGCUGUGAUUGGCUGAGCUGGGAUGCGCUCCCAGACGGCGCGCCGCGCCAGCUCCCUCCGCUUAUCAUCGCCACUCCUCAGAUCCACAUGCCGCGCGAUCACCACCGGGCUCAGAGCGCUCGUCUCCUCCUCAACUUCAGAUCAAGCCCCUGUGACUGAAUAGCAUCGUUUUUAUUCUAUUUAUUUUUAACAAUGGAUGCGACCAUUUAUGAGAUCAUAGUGGGAGAACUGGGAGACCUGAACUGUAGUCUGAUAGAGCAGUUUAAUGACUCUUUCUGGGAAAACGCUUCGCUGUCCUUGCUGAGCUCUGAUGGUUUAUAUUGUAAUGCCACCACCGAUGAGAUUGGAACCUGCUGGCCACGGAGCAGCACCGGCAGGAUUGUAGAGAGACCCUGCCCUGCUUAUAUCAACGGAGUCAAGUACAACACAACCAGAAGCGCUUACAGGGAAUGCAUGGAUAAUGGAACUUGGGCGUUAAAGAUCAAUUAUUCAAAUUGUGAACCUAUUUUGGAGGAGAAGAGAAAUUAUCCCAUGCAUUAUAAAAUAGCCCUGAUCAUCAACUACCUAGGCCACUGUAUCUCUGUGGGAGCUCUCGUUGUGGCCUUUGUUCUCUUCUUGUGCUUAAGGAGCAUACGAUGUCUUCGAAACAUCAUCCACUGGAAUCUGAUCACCACUUUCAUCCUGCGGAACGUUAUGUGGUUUUUGCUUCAGCUGAUAGACCAUAACAUCCAUGAGAGUAAUGAGCCUUGGUGUCGACUAAUUACAACCGUAUACAACUAUUUUGUGGUGACAAACUUUUUCUGGAUGUUUGUCGAAGGAUGCUACCUUCACACAGCCAUCGUGAUGACUUAUUCAACAGAUAAGUUGAGAAAGUGGGUCUUCCUCUUCAUCGGCUGGUGUAUUCCAUGUCCAAUAAUUGUGGCUUGGGCCAUUGGAAAGCUGUAUAAUGAAAAUGAACAAUGUUGGUUUGGUAAAGAACCAGGAAAAUAUAUGGACUACAUUUACCAGGGACCCGUUAUACUUGUGCUCCUGAUAAACUUUGUUUUUCUCUUCAACAUAGUCAGAAUUCUCAUGACGAAACUAAGAGCGUCAACCACAUCUGAAACCAUACAAUACAGAAAAGCUGUGAAAGCCACGCUAGUCCUACUACCUCUGCUGGGUAUCACCUACAUGCUGUUCUUCGUGAAUCCAGGAGGGGAUGACAUCUCACAAAUAGUUUUCAUCUACUUUAACUCCUUUUUGCAAUCUUUUCAGGGAUUCUUUGUGUCGGUGUUUUACUGCUUUCUAAAUGGAGAGGUUCGUUCGGCUGUUAGGAAACGUUGGCAUCGCUGGCAGGACAACCAUGCUCUUCGAGUGCGAGUGGCUCGAGCCAUGUCCAUCCCCACAUCUCCGACCAGGAUUAGCUUUCACAGCAUCAAACAGACCACCGCUGUGUGAGCACAGAAACAAACACCCUGAACCUGACAAGCAUCUAAAUGGAAAUAAACUUCAUGAGUUUCUUCAGCACGAGCAACAAACUGCAAAACAGAUUUUCUGCAGAACGAUCACAAUGCAGCACAUCUGAGUGAUUUUAUCACUGUUCUGCUGUUUAGUGAUUAAUACAUAGGCAGGAUCUACAGUUCACACACUUAACCAAUAAUACUUGAAAUGUAACUGAUUACGAUGCAUCCAUCAAACCAGCAACUUGUUUCAAAUAUGAUCAAAAGCAAAAAGUUACACAUUGACUUAACUUUUCCUCUGACAAAGAUUUUGUUACAGAUUUACUGUCUUAUUUAUUUUUCAUUUUGCUAUUUGUUCUUCACAAUUUUUGGUUUGCAAGAUAAUUAAAGUCAAAAGAAACAGAAGGAGGAUGUCUGAACUCUUCGAGGCUGCAAGAUGAGCAGUCCCACACUGUACUGUAGUGCUUUCCCAAAACAUAAAUAUAAAAUAAAUGUUAUUGUUUUACAAAGUGAAAAUGAUUUUUAUUCAUUUAUGCAAUGUAUACACAUGGUACAUUAGGUGAUGUGCACGGGUUUUGAUGUGCAAGCACAGUAAAAGCAGAUUAAAUUCUUAUUUGGGCUUAUGAAAUCCUUGUGGCUUUCUCAUAAUCAGUGUCACAACUAAGCCUCUGCUGCUGAAGAGGAGAAGCCGGAGGAGCGGGAACCAGGCUCUCCCUUAAGCCUCGCUCCGUUCAGGUCACCAUUUUCUCUCAAUGUGAUCUCGGCUAUCAUGCCUCACAAGGCUAAUCCCACCGGAAACAGGCUCGUCAGUGUUGUGACUUGGAACAACAAAAACUUCACUUUUUUGCUGAUGGGUAAAAAGAAAGCAGAUUGGAUUCAUUUCAAAAGGGAUUACAAAAUAUGAAAGCCUGUUCUGUGUUGCAAACUUCAAAUUUCAUGCUGGCAUUCCUCUGUGAGUCAUCGCAUUGACGAUUUGAUUUGUCAUGAUGUCACCCAGAAUGUUUGCGGAAAGAUUUGGGCCAAAAAGCUCAUUUUAAUAUUUUAGAUAGAUGAAACAAUAACAUUGUGAAUUUUUUAGCCCAUUUAGCUGUUUUUGUUGUAUUGAUGUAUUACUGUGUAUUUCUUAAGCACUUACUAAAGAUUUGGAGUUUAGUUUUAUGUAUUUAUUGAACUUUUGAAGUAUUUCCUUGGGUGUAAAAAUGUAAAAUGAAACUUAAUGAACAUAUUUUUUAACAUGUUGUAUUUGUGAACGUUGCACAGAACUUUUACUCAGUUGUUCAUGAGCUUUUAACAUUUGUAUUCUAUAAUCUUUGUUAAAUGGCAGUGAGCACCAGUGUUCUGCUUGACUGGACUGAUGAUGGCUGGUUUAUGAAAUAUUGAUGAUCUGGAGUGAUUUGAUGUAAAUAUUUUACCUGCAUCGCUGCAUCAUCACAACAUGUGCAGUGGUAAUUUCCUGCACAUCCCUCCAUGACCUCAAUAAGAUCUACAAACGAAGAAAAUUACAUUGCAUUUAUUAAAAACAACAUCUUCAUGAACAAGUUUUAACAAGUCAUUUCUUCAAACUCACCAAAGAGAUCACUCGUAUUUUUUUAGUCACGUUUCCAAUGGAUUUUGUUCAAAUGAAACCAAGUUUUUCUUAUUUUAUACAUUAGUUAUUGUGCAUUAAGUGUACGAGACGGUUUGAUGUCAAACCUUUUUAUUUGAUAAAUAAGAAACUGACCCAUGUUGCCUUAAAAACAAAAGGAAGUGCAUUUUUGUGACAAGUAAGCUAUUUCCUGUUUUUGAAAACUAUAUUCAAUGCCGUUGUGAUAUUUCCACUUGUACUUUCAUGUAAAGAAAAACCAUUCUGAUUAAACUAAUACCACUAA